AUGGAGGCGAGGGAGAGGGAGGCAAGGGAGACGGAGGCGAGGGCGACGGAGGCGAAGGCGACGGGGGCGAAGGCGACGGGGGCGAAGGCGAUGGCGGCGAAGGCGGCGAAGGCGACGGAGGCGACGGAGGCGAUGGCGACGGAGGUGAAGGCGAAGGCGGCGAUGGCGACGGAGGCGAAGGCGACGGAGGUGAAGGCGACGGAGGAGAGGGAGAAGGAGGCGAGGGAGAGGGAGGGGAAGGCGACGGAGGCGAGGGAGAGGGAGGCGAGGGAGAGGGAGGCGAGGGAGAGGGAGGCGAGGGAGAGGGAGGCGAGGGAGAGGGAGGCGAGGGAGAAGGAGGGGAAGGCGAAGGAGGCGAAGGAGAGGGAGGCGAAGCUGCUCCAGCGUGGUGCAGCCCUGACCGGCGCUGUUGGGUUUGAGGGUGAUGCAAACCUUGGCUCCGUUGCUCGUCAGGUUGAGACCCAGCUGAGUCACUCGCAGAAUGCUGCUACCCGGCGGACCAUCUUGGGGCCGAUCAAAUGA